CUUUGUAACCUUUGGGGCUCGCCGCGUUCCACGCUGCGUUGCGCGGCGCCCGGAGCCCGGAAGAGAGAAGGCCGCCGGCCCCUGCCGUUGUCCUUGCCCUUGCCCUUGCCCCCCGGCGCCGAUCGAAGAAAGGACUGCCCGAAGGAGGCCGGCUAGGCACAGGCAUGGGCAGGAAGGUGACCGUGGCCACCUGCUCGCUCAAUCAGUGGGCCCUGGAUUUUGAGGGCAAUUUGCAGAGGAUUUUAAGGAGCAUCGAAAUUGCCAGAAGCAAGGGCGCAAAGUACCGGCUCGGACCAGAGCUCGAAAUAUGUGGCUAUGGAUGUUGGGAUCACUACUUUGAAUCUGACACCAUUUUGCAUUCGUACCAAGUUUUGGCCCAGCUUCUGGUGGCUCCCGUCACCCAAAACAUCAUCUGUGAUGUUGGAAUGCCUGUGAUGCACCGUAAUGUUCGCUACAACUGCAGAGUGAUCUUUCUCAAUGGAAAAAUCCUUCUGAUUCGCCCCAAGAUGGUCUUGGCCAAUGAAGGGAACUACUACGAGAUGCGCUGGUUUGCUCCGUGGCAGAAGAGCCGGCAAGCUGAGGACCAUUUUCUCCCACGGAUGAUUCAGGAGUUGACCAAACAGGAGCUGGUUCCUUUUGGGGAUUUGGUGCUGGCAACCAAAGACACCUGCAUUGGCACAGAAAUCUGUGAGGAGCUGUGGACACCUCACAGCCCGCACGUUGAUAUGGGCCUGGAUGGAGUGGAAAUCUUCGCCAAUUCCUCUGGGAGUCACCACGUGCUGCGGAAGGCCCACACCAGAGUGGAUUUGGUGAACCUGGCCACCUUUAAGAAUGGCGGGAUUUAUCUCAUGGCUAACCAGAAGGGCUGUGAUGGCGACCGUCUCUACUACGAUGGGUGCUCCAUGAUCUCUGUGAACGGCUCCACCGUCGCCCAGGGCACUCAGUUCUCCCUGGACGAUGUGGAGGUCAUCACGGCCACAGUUGAUCUGGAGGAUAUCCGGAGCUUCCGGGCAGAGAUUUCUUCCCGUAACUUGAUGGCCAGCAGAGUGGUUCCCUACACCCGUGUCAAGGUGGACUUUGCGCUCUCUUGCUACGAUGACGUGCUGGUAUCCACGUCGGAGCCGAUCCAGUGGCACUAUCACAGCCUUGGGGAGGAGAUCAGCCUUGGCCCUGCAUGUUGGCUCUGGGAUUACUUGAGGCGCAGCCAGCAGGCCGGAUUUUUCCUCCCCCUCAGUGGUGGAGUGGACAGCUCGGCGACGGCCUGCAUGGUGUACUCCAUGUGCCGCCUGGUCUGCCAAGCCGUGAGUAACGGAAAUAAGGAGGUGCUGGCUGACAUCCGGAGGAUCUUGAACCGCGAUGACGUCGUCCCCCAGGACCCCCAGAAGCUGUGUGGCCAGUUGCUGACCACGUGCUACAUGGCCACGCAGAACUCCUCCCAGGACACCGCCAACAGGGCCAAGGAGCUGGCCGAGCAGAUCGGGAGCUACCACAUCAAUCUCAACAUAGACGGGGUCGUUAAGGCCAUAGUGGAGAUCUUCCGCAUAGUGACCGGCAAGAUGCCGCAAUUCUUGGUCCACGGAGGAAGCAGCCGCGAGGACCUGGCCAUGCAGAAUGUGCAGGCGAGGGUCAGGAUGGUCUUUGCCUACCUCUUCGCUCAGCUCAGCUUCUGGUCCCGGGGGCUGCGAGGGGGACUCCUGGUGCUCGGCUCCACCAAUGUAGAUGAGAGCCUUCGGGGUUACCUGACCAAGUACGACUGCUCCAGCGCAGACAUCAACCCCAUCGGGGGCAUCAGCAAGACCGACCUCAGGACUUUCAUCCAGUACUGCAUAGAGCGCUUCCAUCUCAUCUCCCUGCGAAACAUCGUGUCUGCCCCAGCCACUGCGGAGCUGGAGCCCUUGGCCGAAGGACAGGUGGUCCAGACCGAUGAGGAAGACAUGGGGAUGACGUACAAGGAGCUGUCUGUUUUUGGGAGACUAAGGAAGAUGGGGAAAUCGGGGCCAUACAGCAUGUUCUGCAAACUCAUCAACAUGUGGAAGGAGAUCUGCACCCCCAGAGAGGUGGCCGAGAAGGUGAAACACUUUUUCCGGAUGUACUCGCUGAACAGGCACAAGAUGACCACCCUCACACCCUCCUAUCAUGCAGAGAACUACAGCCCGGAUGACAACAGGUUCGACCUGAGGCCUUUCCUGUACCAGGCCAACUGGCCCUGGCAGUUCCGCUGCAUCGACCAGCAGGUGAUGAAGCUAGAGGGCGCCGAAGGGGACCAGGACUUUGACGACCUGGUCUGAUGGACGGCCUCUGGGGCGUGGCUGAGAUCCAGGUGCGUGGGCUCCCUCUGGAACCACUUGUUAAGAUGACAGCCGGGCCUGGCUGCCCCGGCGUCUGUAGGUUCUGAUUCUUUACAAAACCUGUUUAAAAUAAAAGUCCUUGCUUGCCGUUCUUCUGAAA